AUGAGUAGGCAUUCGAAUGAAAUAUCACUGAAUGACACUGGUGCGCAAGAGGAAUCCCCUCAACACAAUCCUCUUCCAUCAGCAUCACCAUCAAGUCCACACAGAAGUGAUUCAUCAGGCAUAUCAGAAAUGAUCUUUGGUGCUGAUCCAGCUGCAGGAGAUGACGGAGAAACCCACGCACAAGCUGGGCGCACAUCCUUGGACUUGUUGGAAAACUUAUUGACCGCUCUAACAGCUGAGCUCAUGAAAAAAGCAAAAGGAAUAGCUCGAUCCAUUGGUUUACAUUUAAGGGACCUUAUGGACCCUACUGAACUGAUGGAACAAUCACUUUCAUUGGCGGAUGAGGUACUUUUGCAGAUUUAUUAUACCGCUAAGGGCCACACACAGAGUGAAUCGACUGAACACACUACUGAGAAGUCUGAAGCUCUUCAGGAUCAUUCAAAUCCAAGUGCACCAGCUGGAAACAUAUCUUUCAAUUUGUUGACGGAAUUGCUUCUCUCUUUGAAAGCCAACUCGGAAAAUACAGCAAGUAGUAUUGCUCGAUGGAUAGGUGAGAGAACUAGACAGCUUGUUGAAAAUACUACUAAGGGAGAAUCCGGCAAUAGGACACCUUACCGUCCAAUCAAUGAUGAAGUUCUUAUGAUCAUCUUUGAGUUUGCUAAUCAACCAAACUUGGGGGCUCUUGGUGAGGGAAGUUGGCUUGGAGAGGGGAGUCCUCCAACAAACCCACUCCCUGAAAUUGGCCAAGAUGGGCAGAAAUACGACGGUUUCAGGUUUGGAGGUGAUCCUCAUACAAGUUGUUUGAACAGACGUGAAGCUAUUGAUGCCACUGAUGAUAGUUCUGUAUCUUACACAGAGAACUAG